AUGGCAGCCAAGAACGCUCAUUUCCUCGAAGCGCCCGAGAUUGUGAUAUACGACAGAGACACCAAGGAUGUAAGCGUCAAACGGGAAGGGUAUUCGCUAUCACUCAAUGGCGCAGACAAAGACGGGGGACUUGUCGCCUUGCAGCAGCUGGGUCUGCUGGAUGAAGCCUUGCAGUGUGCGGUUCUCGGCCUCGACAGCAUUGGUGGGUCGUUCAAGGUGUGGGAUGUUGACUGGAACGAUAUCCUCUCCAUUCGAUUCAGGCCACACAGAGGGUUACCGACCUCUGGCAUCCGGAUCGCCCGCAGAGACUUGCGCAACAUACUCAUUGCAGCUGCAGAAGACGCCGCCAUGGCCAUCACAUGGGGCGCAAGUUGCGUUGCUGCCGAAGAACUUCAAAGUGGCCGAAUCCGACUUCGACUGUCCUGUGGCGGUGACGAACCCAUACGAGAGGACGAGUGCGACCUCUUGAUUGCUGCAGAUGGUGCCAGGAGCAAGAUUCGGGCUAGUUUCAGGCCGGACGACCAGCUCAGUUACGCGGGGGCGGUUCAGAUUGGCGGCAGCGCCAGAUUCCCAGAUGGCAUCCCACGACCACUUGCGGACAACUGGGGUCUCGUCAUCUCAGGGCAGGGUGUCUGCUGCUUCUUCUCGCCGGUGGACAAGGAGACAGUGGUGUGGGCACUAAGCCGAGUGGAGGAUGGGCCGCGAGAGGUGCCAAACGACCAGACGCCGGAGCAGUUCCAGGCGUUGAUGCGGGAGGCUCUUGAGCUGGGGGGCAUGUUCGCGGAGCCGUUCCCGACGCUGGUGCGGAAGACGGACGCAGCGACGGCGCUGUGCCUGCCGGCCCGAGACAAGAAGCCCUUCUACCACCACGACAAGGAGCUCGGCGGUGUGGUGUUUAUUGGCGACAGCAACCACGCUGUCAGCCCGUUUGCGGGAAACGGGGCCAACAUGGCCUUGAAGGACGGGUGGGACUUGGCCGAGCAGAUCUGUGGAGGCGACAGCUUGGAGAGUGCUGUGGCACGCUACGACGCGAUCAGCUACCCUCGAGCACAGCAGACUCUCGAGACAUCGCACCGGAGGAUAGCCAUAGGCCACAGCACAGGGCUUAGAUACUUCGCGGAGUUUGACAAUGAUGAGGAGGGGCGUGUCACUUGUGUGUGUCCAAUUGCUUCUCUUCUCGUGUCCGGCGUCAUAGGCAAGAUGGGAGCUCCUGCGCGUACGCCGUCGUCGUCGAUGGCCAAAAGAGCGAGUGUGCCGUCCACAGGCAAGCAGCAGAAGAGCAUCCUCGGUUUCUUCUCCAAGGCAGCCGCCUCAACUCCCAAUGCGUCCGCCGCUGCCUCCACGCCUGCAUCCGCCAAAACGUCCACCUCCCCCCAACAAGACGACGUCGACUCGUCCCCGUGCCUCAAGGAGACCACAAAAUCCAACUCCAUGGCCUCCUCCAGGCGCCACGCCAACCUCACCCCGCUGCCCAGCAGUGACGCCGCCGAGCCCCUCAGCUCUCAAGAGAACAGAGACUCAAUGGCUGCAGUCAAGGUAGUGUCCGACAGCUUGCCCUCGCCUUUGACCCCUGCUGAGGUUGUCAUCAAGCAGGCGGCCGUCGGCACCAAGCACGCCCUCGUCAGCAGUCCUUCUCGCAAGGCGAAGAAAGUCGUUAACUACGCCGAGUCUUCCGAUGACGAUGAUGAGGACGUCUUCGUCGCCCUCAAGGCCCGCCAACCUAGAAGCCGUGGCCGAGCCGCUCGAGCCGCACUGGACGACGAUGACGACGAGGAAGAUGAGUACCAGAUGGAUCACGACGCAGCUGCAGAAGAUGACGACGAUGAUAUGGCUGACUUCGUCGUCUCUGAUGAGUCCGACGCUCCCUCCAACUCCAAGUCUAAGAAAAGGAAGCGUCCUGCUCCCAAAGCCGCGGCCGCCCCUCGGAAACGUCCAACAACCUCGCCAUCUCCUUCCAAGGACGAUGAAGACGAGACCAUGGAGGACAUUCCGGCCGCGUCCUCAGCCCAGCAAUGGAAAUAUGAUCCUGAAAACAUCACACCAGCACAGCCACGGCCUGCCGCGCAUCGGCCUGCCCCGAAGCCCACAUCUUCAAAGACCAAGGAGAAGGCUCACACCAGGGAGCCCGAGCAGAGAUAUUCUUGGCUAGCUGACAUAGCCGAUAUCAACCGCAACAAGCCAGGCCACCCAGACUACGAUCCAUCUACUGUCUAUGUUCCGCCAAUGGCAUGGAAUAAGUUCUCGCCGUUUGAAAAGCAAUACUGGGAGAUCAAACAGAAAUUAUGGAACACGGUGGUUUUCUUCAAGAAAGGCAAAUUCUACGAGCUCUACGAGAAUGACGCUACCAUCGGCCACCAACUGUUCGACCUGAAACUAACCGAUCGGGUCAAUAUGCGCAUGGUUGGCGUUCCCGAAAGCUCCCUUGACAUGUGGGUCAACCAGUUCGUCGCAAAGGGCUACAAGGUAGCCCGCGUGGACCAGAUGGAAUCGGCUCUCGGCAAAGAGAUGCGAGAGCGGGACGAUUCGAGCGCCAAGAGCAAGAAGCAGGACAAGAUCAUCCGACGAGAGCUUGCCUGUGUUCUCACUGGCGGCACUUUGGUCGACGGCAGCAUGCUGCAAGACGACAUGGCCACAUACUGCGCCGCGAUCAAAGAAUCAGUCAUUGAUGACAAGCCCGCCUUUGGAAUCGCCUUUGUCGAUGCUGCUACGGGUCAGUUCUUUAUCUCAGAGUUCGAGGACGAUGUCGACCUCACUAAGUUCGAGACAUUUGUCGCACAGACCUCGCCACGAGAACUGCUCCUAGAGAAGUCGCACCUCUCGACAAAGGCUCUGCGUAUCCUCAAGAAUAACACAAGCCCCCUGACUAUCUGGAACUACAUGAAAGCUGGCAGCGACUUCUGGGAUGCCGAUACUACUCGGCGUGAGCUCGAUUGCAGUGGCUAUUUCAUCUCUGAGGACGAAGCCCGAGAAGAGGUCUGGCCACAGAAGCUUCAAGAGGCCAGGGAAAAGGAUUUCCUCAUGUCUGCCCUCGGAGCGUUGACCAACUAUCUAAGGAACCUUAAAUUGGAGCGCAAUCUGCUCUCUCAGGGCAACUUCGAAUGGUACAACCCUAUUCAUCGCAACGGAACGCUGAUUCUUGACGGCCAGUCCCUCGUCAAUCUGGAAAUAUUCUCCAACACCGCCAACGGCGGAUCGGAUGGCACCCUUUUCAAUUUGCUCAACCGAUGCGUCACCCCAUUCGGGAAGCGUCUAUUCAGGCAAUGGGUGUGCCAUCCGUUAUGCAACAUACAGAAGAUCAACGAGCGCCUUGAUGCCGUCGAUCUAUUGAACGCUGAUAGAAGCAUUCGUGAGCAAUUUUCAUCUCAGAUGACCAAGAUGCCUGACCUCGAGAGGCUCAUCUCCCGAGUUCACGCUGGUGCCUGCCGAGCUGAAGACUUCAUGAGAGUUCUCGAAGGGUUCGAGCAGAUUGAGUACACUAUGAGCCUUUUGAGUGCCUUUGGUGGUGGAAAUGGCCUCGUUGACAGACUUCUGUCAUCGAUGCCUAACUUGCAGGAGCCUUUGAAUUAUUGGAAGAGUGCCUUUGACAGGAAGAAGGCCCAGGACGAGAAACUUCUGAUCCCUGAGCGGGGAAUUGAGGAGGACUUCGACAGCAGUGCAGACAACAUCGAUCGGAUCAAAGGCGAAUUACAGGAUCUUCUAACUAAACAGAAAGGUCUGCUGAAGUGUAAGACGCUGAAAUACACCGAUGUUGGCAAGGAAAUCUACCAAGUAGAGGUUCCUAAAGCUGUCAAAGUUCCCAAAGACUGGCGUCAAAUGUCAGCUACCGCCGCUGUAAAGCGCUACUAUUUCCGCCAACUUGAUGAACUUGUUCGGGAAUUGCAGGAAGCCGAGGAGACCCAUUCCCAGAUUGUGCGUGAGGUUGCCUCUCGAUUUUUCAAACGUUUCGAUUCGGACUAUGAGACUUGGCUGCAGGCAAUUAAGAUCACCUCGCAGCUUGACUGUCUCGUCAGUCUUGCUAAGGCUUCGUCCGCAUUGGGCGAGCCUAGCUGCCGGCCAACAUUUGUAGACGAAGAACGCAGCGUCCUGGAAUUCGAGGAGCUUCGUCACCCUUGUAUGACCAACUCCGUUGCUGAUUUCAUUCCGAACGAUAUCAAACUUGGUGGAGACGAGGCAAAGAUCAACCUGCUGACGGGUGCGAACGCGGCCGGAAAGUCCACUAUCCUUCGAAUGUCGUGCAUUGCAGUUAUCAUGGCUCAGAUUGGCUGUUAUGUCCCGGCUGUUUCUGCCCGCUUGACGCCUGUUGACCGUAUCAUGUCUCGACUUGGCGCUAAUGACAACAUCUUCGCGGCGCAAUCCACGUUCUUCGUAGAGCUAUCUGAGACGAAGAAGAUUCUCUCCGAGGCUACACCAAGAUCACUCGUCAUUCUUGAUGAGCUCGGUCGAGGCACGUCAUCUUACGAUGGUGUCGCAGUGGCCCAGGCCGUACUCCACCAUGUAGCGUCUCACAUUGGCUGCAUAGGCUUUUUCGCUACACAUUAUCACUCUCUCGCUACGGAGUUCGAAAACCAUCCUGAGAUCCGAGCUAGGCGCAUGCAGAUCCACGUGGAUGACGAGAACCGCAAGAUAACCUUCUUGUACAAGCUGGAGGAUGGUGUGGCCGAGGGCUCCUUCGGCAUGCACUGCGCUGCCAUGUGUGGCAUUUCAAACAGAGUCAUCGAGAGAGCAGAGGUUGCGGCCAAAGAGUGGGAACACACGAGCAGGCUGAAAGAAAGCCUGGAACGCGCCAAGACAGGCUGCUAUAUUCCACUCGGUAUUCUAAGCGACGUCGCAGCCCUACUGAGAGUCGAUGGUGAGGAAGAAAUUGGUGAACGUGGAGUUAACGUGCUGUUGAAGGCCAUCGAGGCUCUGUAA